UCUCUCUCAUGCAGACGCCACGCAAUCCCCAUUAUUUCGAAGCAAAUUCCUGACUCUUUCUUCUCAUCACACUCGAGAAUCUCUCGAAAUCAACCAACACAGAAACGUCUGGAGUUUAUUUGCAAUCAAUCAGAGAAUUUGAGAAACAUACCGAGACGAGCCGCUAAUGGUGCCACCGGCGGUGCAAGCGGGUCCGAACCCACAACAGACCCAACAGUUCCUGAGCUCCGUCCUCUCCCAGCGCGGGCCCUCCGCGCUCCCUUACUCCGAGGACACCAAGUGGCUGAUCCGCCAGCACCUUGUCUCCCUCACCUCCUCCUACCCUUCCCUUGAGCCCAAAACGGCGACCUUCACCCACAACGACGGCCGUUCGGUCAAUCUUCUCCAGGCCGACGGCACCGUCCCAAUGUCUUUCCAGGGCCUGACCUACAACAUCCCCGUCAUCAUCUGGCUCAUGGAUUCCUACCCCCGCCACCCCCCUUGCGUCUACGUCAAUCCCACUCGCGACAUGGUCAUCAAGCGUCCCCACCCUUAUGUCAACCCCUCCGGCCUUGUCUCCGUCCCUUACCUUCACAAUUGGGUCUACCCUAGCUCCAAUUUAGUUGACCUCGUUCGUAAUCUCAGCCUCCACUUUGGCCGUGACCCACCGCUCUAUUCCCAGCGCCGCCCUAGCCCUAGCCCUAACUCUAACCCUCAUCCUAAUUUUACUCCUCCCUCUUCUUCUCAUCCUGCCAACGCAUCGGCUUCUACUUUGGGUUACACGCGCCCUGAGAUUCCACCGAGACCGUACCCGCCGUCUCCGUACGGUGGUCAGACGGAGGAUCCGUCGGAGGUUUACAAGAGGAACGCGGUGAAUAAGCUGGUGGAAUCGGUGCUCGGGGAUAUGACGGUGAUGAGGAAGGCACGUGAGGCUGAGAUGGAAGGGCUUUUCAACGCGCAGGCGGUGCUGCGGAACCGGGAGGAGCAGCUGAAGAAGGGCCUCAACGAGAUGCACAAUGAGAUGGAAGGGUUGGAGCAGCAAUUGCAGAUGGUGCUGAUGAACACCGACUUGUUGGAGGCGUGGUUGAGGGAGAACGAAACGAAGCUGAGGAGUCACGGCGAUAAUGUUGACGUGGACGACGCGUUUGAGAGCGUUGACGUGCUCUCGAAGCAAAUACUCGAGUCUACGGCCUCCGACUUGGCCCUCGAGGACGUGGUGUACUCAUUAGACAAGGCGGUUCAGGAGGGUGCGAUACCUUUCGAUGUGUACCUGAGGAACGUGCGGCUGUUGUCGCGUGAGCAGUUCUUUCACCGCGCCACCGCUGCCAAAGUGCGGGCCGCGCAGAUGCAGGCUCAAGUUGCCAAUAUGGCUGCUCGGAUUUCUCACUAUGGAGGCGAUACCGAGGCAUUACGUGUUCGGGCUUGAUUGGUUUCUCAAAGGGGUUGUUAUAUACAAAAUCAUUCAGUUGAAGGACGUGUUAGCUGCCUUCCGAGUAGAAUGCUUAGUAUAGGCGAUUAAAGGAGGUAGUGUAACGGCUUUAUGGCUUGGGACUUUGAUAUGUAGUCGUAGGGAUUAUGCUUGGAGAGUUCCAAUGGCUGUUGUUAGCCGUUGCAGUAAGCUCAGAAUGCUAUUAUGGCUAUUUAUCUCACGGGAUUCUUGCACCAGAAUGCAGGCAGGCAUUUCAUGAUUACGGAGUGAGUUUGUCAUGUCGUGUUGGCCUUAUGAGUUAUUUAAUGCAACCAUGUCUUAAAAUAAAGGUAUUUAUGUAAAGUGAUGUUAUUUUACUUUACAAA